GGCGGCGGCGGGCGCGCGGGGUGCGGGCCGGCUCGGGCGCGGAGGAUGAAGUGGAGCAUCCGCGGGGCCUGCGCCGCGCUCUCCUCCUGCCUCCUGCUCGCCUGCGCGCUCAGUGCCGCCGCCGUCGGCCUCAAGUGCUUCUCGCUGGGCUCGGAGCUGCGCGGGGAGCCGUUCAGGCUGGGGGCGGCCGCCGGCGCCUUCUACUCGGGGCUGCUGCUGGCCGCCGGCCUCUCGCUGCUCGGCGCCGCCCUGCUCUGCUGCGGGCCCCGGGACGCCGCGCUCGCGGGGCCGGGGCCGGGCCCGGCGCUCGGGGGCCCCGCGGCCCCAGCAGGGGCUCCGGAGGCUGCGCCGGGCGAGCCGGGGAGCGCAGCCGGGCCCUCGGGGCGGGUGAACAGCCAGAACCUGCUCCUGCUGGGCGUUCUCGUCUUCAUGCUCGGGGUCCUCAGCGCCUUCGCGGGCGCCGUGAUCGACGGCGACACCGUGUCCCUAGUGGAACGCAAGUACUCCCACUACUGCCUGCCCCCGCGCGCGCCGGCCGCGGCCCCCGGCCCGGCCCCCGGCGCGCCGCGCGGCCGCAGCACCCUGGACAGCGCCACGUCCGCCAAGUGCCGCCAGCUGAAGGACUACCAGCGCGGCCUGGUGCUUUCCACCGUCUUCAACUCGCUCGAGUGCCUCCUGGGCCUGCUCAGCCUCCUGCUGGUCAAGAACUACAAGUCCUCGCAGGCCCGGCGCGGCCGGCGCGGCCGGCGGAAGGGAGGCCGGGCCCUGGCGCGGCCCCGCGGCGGCCCGGGGUUCCGUGCGCAGCCGCCAGCCUCCCGGGCGCGGCGGGGCCGACGGGGUCGGCGGGGGCGGAGGCUGCAGCAGCGGCCGAGCGAGGCUUCCAUCCUGUCCCCGGAGGAGUCGGACUUCGCCGCCCCGGGGGACUGCGCGGGCUUCGCGGCGCACCACGCGGUCUCCUACAUCAACGUGGGCGUCUUCCACGCGUUUGACGAGGCGGGCGUGGAGGUGUGCUGCGGGGGGCACCCGUCUGUGGAGCUGCCGGGGUACGCGCCCUCGGACCCCGACCUCAACGCCUCUUACCCCUACUGCUGCCGGCCGCCCUGCGAGGCGGCGCGCCCCUGCGAGCCGAGCCGGGCCUCCUGAGACCCCGGGCCGAUCCGGAUGUACUGCGGCCGCCUCCCUACCCGCCACCGCAGCGAGGGAGGUCGGGGCCUGGCGGGGCGCAAAGCCAGGCCUCUCCGUGGCGACGCAUCUUCAGGGGCGGUCUGGCCCAGCGCCUCUUGGGGCCCCCCCGCCACGAGACUGGCCCUCCAGUAUGAUUAUUUGUGUCUGGGAGGUUUCUCUUCUUUUCUGUGUCUGUUCGUAUCCGGACUCCAUUUUAAAGUUUACAAUAAAUGUUUUGGGGUUGGCUCGCCCCACCGCACUUCUCUUUGGCAAGUCCGUUCCCUGGGCG